AUGCGCCUGCAGGCGGGCGAGUCCGGCGGGCUGUGGCGUUGGGCCAAGAAGAAGAUGUCCAAGGGCGGGAGGGCGGGGGAUGGACCCACCGCGAGGGAGAUAGGGCCGCUGAGCCCGAGGGGGGGUGAGUUUGUGAGCAGCUUUGGAACGGACAAGGACAGGGCGUGCUCGGGGUCAUCGCGGUGCCCCCUUGGCCACGGCAGCGUGGGGGUGGACCCCUACCCGGGGUACGUGCACGGCCGGUGCCCAUCGAUCUGCAAGUACGGCUGCCAGCCGAAAAAGAGGCUCGGCGCCGGCGAGACGCCCCGGCAGACGCUCAUACGCGAGGCGGUGGAGUACCAGGAGCUUUACCACAGGGAGGCGGGGUCGACCCCGAAGGUGAAGGAGGCGAGAAUCGCCCAAGUGCUGGCCGAGAUACAGACCAAGGGAACUUACGAUUUGACGUUCGACGAGCUGCAGCACGGCGCGCGCGUGGCGUGGCGCAACGCCCCCAAGUGCAGCAACCGGGGCCACUGGAGCGAGCUGGUGCUGCUGGACUACAGGGCCGCGGCCACGAACGGGGAGAUGUUCAAAUGCUGCCUGGAGUACCUGGAGACGGCGAUCCGGACGCGCGCCACGGUGCCGUACAUCGCGGCCUUCCGGCCGGCCAGGCCCGGCAGCCUGCUAGGGCCGAGGAUCUGGAACGGCCAGCUGCACAAGUUCUGCGCCUACAUGACGGACGAGGGGCGGGUCAUGGGCGAUCCCGCUGAGCUGGCCUUCACGGAGUUCUUGGAGACGGGGCUGGGGUGGAAGGCCCCCAAGAAGAGGGGGGAAUUCGACAUUCAGCCCCUGGUGCUCCAAAUGGACCCCAGGGAGCCGCCCGAGGUGUUCGAAAUCCCUCCUUCCUAUGUGGAGGUGGUGAACAUCCAGCACCCGGAGAACGAGGGCUUUCAGGCGCUUGGGCUGAAGUGGGUGGCGAUUCCGUUUGUGUCGGACAUUGAACUGUCGGUGGGGGGCAUAACGUUCACCGCGGCGCCCUUCAACGGCUGGUUCGCGGACACGGAGAUAGUGCGGGACCUUGCCGACGAGGGCAGGUACAACAAGCUGCCGGCGAUCGCCGAGGCGUUCGGAUUGGACACCAAGACCAACGGCAGCAUGUGGCGGGACGGCGCCAUGUACGAGCUCUGUCGGGCCGUGUUUCACAGCUUCGGGGAGGCCAAAGUCGGCCUGAUAGACCACCACACACUGCUGCAGAACUUCUAUGAGUGGUACCACACGGAGCUGGCCACCCGGGGCUACUCCCCCGGCAACUGGAAGUGGAUCAUCUCGCCCAUGUCGUCCUCCACGUCGCCAUGCUACCUGGGCCUGAACAAGAUGAUCGAAUACACCCUGAAGCCAGCAUACACACGGGCCCCAGGGUGGGUGAAAUAUUGCGGGUGGCUGAACAAGCCGCUGAGGGGGGACAGGCAGGUGGUGAACCUGUUCGCCAACUGGGCGCUCAUCAGGGUGUUGGGCAGGAUGAAGGGCAAGGUGAAUGCGCUGCGGCCGUCCCUGGCCAUCCUAUACGCCAGUGUGUCGGGCAACACCAGGCGAUAUGCGCACCGCAUGAAGCAAAUGCUGAAGGACUUCAUGACUGUGGAACUGGUCAACAUGGCCGAUUUCGACCCCAAAAGACAGGGGCUCGAGUCAGCACUUGCAUGGGUGUUUAUGACAUCCACCUAUGGCUGUGGGGCACUACCCCAGGCUGCCAAGCCACUGCUGUCAUGGCUGUCAGAGAAGGCCUCGCAAGAGAAGAUGCACGAGAAGCCCUUCACUGUUAUUGGGUUCGGCGACACAUCCUAUCCAAGAUUCUGUGCCGCUGCCGACUCAGUGAUGGCCCUUGUGAUGCAACGAGGUGGGAGAAAUAUUGUCCCAUUGGCGAAGGCGGAUGCCAUAAGCGGCGAAGAGGACACUUUCCUCACAUGGGUCAAACAAGUCGUCCAGUGGUACAUGUCCAACACAAAAGUGAGCCACACAGCCAUCAAAGAGCUCCUUCCCUACGCCAUGGAUGAUGAUGUUAUCGUUCUGAAGGCGCCGCAUGUGCCCUUCCGUGUUGUCAAGUGGGUGCAGACUGCCGAUAACGCCCCCGAGCCUGUGCCGCGGGCCAACAUGACAGCUGGACGCUGGAAACGGCACCGUGCCAAAGUGGUGGAUACCACGGAGGUGUCGGGCCAUGGGGACACUGCCAGGUCUACCAACCUCAUCAAAUUGGACAUCUCCCAGUUUGAGUUCCUGAAAUACUCUGCAGGUGAUUAUGUCCAAAUUUUCCCAAGGAGCAAACGCUCGCCAGAACUCCUUGAGUUCGCGAACAACCUGGGGAUUGACGACUUGGACGGCGUGUUCGACAUCGAGUGCCUGGACGGCUCGCCGCCCAAGUUCCCGGUGCCCAUCAAGUUCGUGACAGCCCUCACUGAGCACCUGGACGUGCAUGCCAAAAUCACGGCUGAGGUCCUGCAGACCCUGUCGUGCCUGUCAGGCCUGGGGGACAAGUCUGGCGGAGAGGACUGCCUGCUGCUCCAGGAGCUGGCCACAGACCCGGAGAUGGCUGCCAAGUGGCUCGCCGAGAGCCAUGCUCGCUGGAUAGACCUGUUUGAGUGCUUUCCGUCGCUCGUGGGGAACCUGCCAAUCGCUGCCUGCUUCCAUCUGCUGCCCAUCAUGAGGCCCCGGGCCUAUUCGGUGGCAUCGAGCCACAGGUUUUUGGAAGGGAGGGAGGUCCACUGCCUGGUGCAGCGCCUGCACUACACGCUCCCGAACGCCCGCGAGCGCUCUGGCCUGUGCUCCAACUACGUUGGCGACACUGCCAUUGGCGACACUGUGGCCUUCAACCUCAACAACGCCCCCCACUUCCGGCUGCCCAUCAACCCCGAGGCCCCCAUCCUGAUGGUGGGCGCCGGCACAGGCGUCGCCCCCUUCAGGGGCUUCAUCCAGGAGCGGGCCUACCUCAAGAGGUAUGGCCCCUUGGGCCCUGCGAUCCUGAUCCACGGGUGCCGCAGCAGGGGGGAGCUGGUGUUCGAGCAGGAGCUGAACGACGGCCUGGACAGCGGGGUGCUGACGGACUUCUACGUGGCGUACUCGAGGGAGUUCGGGCUGCCCAAGGCCCACGUGCAGGACAUCAUCCUUGCAAACCAGGGCAGAUUGAGGGUGUAUCUUCAAAACCAUGCCGCCAACGUCUACCUCUGCGGCAGCGUGAAACUGUCCAUAGCCGUGACGGAAGCGCUUCAGCAAGUCAUGGACAAGCCGGCCUUCGCACGAAUGGUGGAGGACGGCCGUUAUCACGAAGACGUGUUUUCAGUGGAUGGUAACAUCUGA